UGGUUGGGCACCGUUUUGUCCUGUCAAAAUCGGGACGAAAUCUUGUAGCCUACUGCGCUUGUGAGUGGUGUUUUCGUCGUGUAACGCCAUCAUGUGACACGUAAAAAAGGCACCAACUAGCUGGUUUUGCCCUGUGACCGUUGUCUGGUUGGAUGCGGAUGUCCUUCCUGAUUCUUAUGGGAUUAAACAUGCGCUUAUAAGUGAAAAUCUGAAUAAUCACACGGAGUAGGAGCUGUGCAAGUAAAUUGCAAAUGCGAAGGUGCUCAUGGGAAGCUUGGCGUUGCACUCGGCCGUUAAAGCUCUUUGCAGACGGCGUGGAAAGUCAUUCCGAAGCCACCUUCGAAUUCAGUUACGUACGGGCACGGCAGUGAAGGGGAUCACACUUAACAAGUUCCGCUACAGGAAUGGAGUACCAAGCAACAUCGACUCAUUGUGCAUUAACAAGUUCACAUGAUGCACUACGCCGGAGUAUGUGCGGGCCCCUCGUUGCCGCGGAGAGCAAACCAAGAGAGAGAAACACCGCAAUUAGCUCGGAGAAGAGUAACCCCUUUAAUCUCGCUCCCUCCCCUGAGACUUCCUCUUCUCUCUCUCUCUCUCUCUCUCUCUCUCUCUCUGCUUAUGCGCUGAGCGCCCUGGAAGUACGAGAAAGAGACACAGGAAAGGCCACCGCCGCGAACAACACCGGCCACGCCGAACCUUUUGGGCCUUCAUUUAGCGAAGCCAAUCCUAAAGUGUAGGAGAAUCCUCCUAGACCUCUGCGCUCCUGCCUCUGCCCGAGCCACCGGGAUCGGCAAUCAACACAGAAAAGCUGCCAUUGCUGCUGCUGCAGGAGCAGGAGCAGCAGGAGGCGGGAGGGGCAAUCAAGAAGGACAAUGCCCCUGUCAAGGCACACGGUGGCCAACGAGUACUCCCUCGGCGGCCGCGACCUCUACAAGCGGGCCGACCAGCACGACCCCGAGGCCGUCCUCGACGGCGUCGCCACCGCCGGCCUCGUCGGCCUCCUCCGCCAGCUCGGCGACCUCGCAGAAUUUGCGGCAGAGGUCUUCCACGGGCUGUAUGAUGAGGUCAUGACCGCGUCGGCGCGGGGGCAUGGGCUCGUGCUCCGGGUGCAGCAGCUGGAGGCAGAGUUGCCUCUCCUGGAGAAAGACGUCUGUCAGAGAGAUUACCUGUACAUAGCUUCUAACAGGGGAGUUGAUUGGCAUGCGAACCUGAGGGUGGACCAUGGGGUUGUGACGACGGGCGACACGCCUCGCUUCAUCAUGGAUUCCAUCAAGCAGUGCCAUGGGCCUCCAAGAUUGUUCAUGCUUGACAAGUAUGAUAUCGGUGGCGAGGGAACGUGCAUGAAGAGAUACUCAGACCCCGCCUUCUUCAAGACAGACUCCGCAUGUUCCAGAAUGCUGCAGGAAGGAAUUAGAACAGAAAGAAGACCAAUUAGAACCAUGGAGAUCAGGCCGAACCUGCAGAAUGAUGAGAUUUUCAGACCUUCUGAUGGAGCCAACAAUGACUCGAGGUUCAAGACUGAUUUAUCCGGUGAAGCGUUGGAUGAGGUCCCGACAAGGCGCCAACGACUGAAGCACCGACAACUAAACGGGACUGUGUUCCGAAGCUUCAGACCGCAGAUGCAGGACCUUUAUGGAAAGGCUUCACCAGAGGAGAAAACCUUCUCCAUGGAUCGAUCAGAGGUGCAGAUAUCUUUCACCGACUCACCCGACACGAACGCUGAAGAGAGAGAUAUCAUGGUGGACACUUCCAGCAGCACUGAGAAGGGCAAGGGAGGCUACUACGCCACAGCACGCAAGAGGAGGUCGACUUCCCAAGAAACACCGUCAAGCUGUUCAGCAGGAAGCAGCAAGGGAUACAGCUCUGAAGUUGAUAUUUACGUGGACACACUCACCACAAUGGGGUCUGAAGUGGAGACAGACUCAGAGCACAGGGACCAUGGUGGACAAGGUGCCUUUGCAUCGGCACCGUCGGGCAAGAUGUGCUCUGAUCCUCAGGGUGCCCCCGUCUCCAGGUCUAGUACCUUCAGUAAAAAGGAGGACUCUUGCUCUUCAGAUGUUGGCUCAGCAAACAGAGACGAGGCUGUUCACUCCGAAGGAGAUGUUGCUGUCUGUGUAACGGAGGCCAAGCUUGUUGGUGGUGAACAUGAGAGGACUAGUUCGUUGGAGGAAUUGUUUUCGCAAGAAAAGCCGGUUUCUUGCGAGCAUGAGAGGACUGUUUCCUUGGAGGAACUGCUCAUUGGGGACAUACUUCUUUCAGAGCCUGACACAAGGGAAUUAGCUACCGAGUCCAGUGGCAAUGCUAUCGUCAGUAAUGCUACAUCCGAUGGUACAGCUGAUGCUACUAAAAGGGCCAAGGGGAAUAAUGUUUCGGCCAUUUCCUUCAAGAAAACAGCGAGCAAGAGGUGUGUUGAAAGCAUGGAGCUGUUUGCCUCAAAAGUCGGCAUUCUGCCCAGGAAACUCUCCAAGAAGCAUGAUCCGUUCUCUGAUUCUCUCCGUAACAUGGCAAAGGAGCUGCUUGAGCUCAAGUGUGAUGGCACUCAAGAUACUGACUUGUAUGAGUUUGAAGCGAAUGGCGAUGGAUUCGAUGUCAAGUGUCGGAAAAUGGCUCACCCUCCUAUUGAAAUCAUGGAGGAGAGUUUCAGGAAGAGCAUUUCUUUUGAUUCACCUCAAGAUGUUGGUUCAAGGGAAUGCCAGCUGGAAGUAGUGGACCAAGAGUCAGACAAUGAUGUCCCAACUGCUGACAGUCCACAAGAUUCAGUGCCUGAUGAAAAUGGUUUUCAGCACACCGAUGUCUACCUGACAGACAUCACAUCACCGAGUCCCAAAGAAGAAGAAGAGGAAGAGGAAGAAGAGGAAGAGGAGGAGGAGGAAGAAGAGGAAGGAUGGGCGGUUGCGGCACCUGAUGAGCAUUCAUCUGUUGGCAUGCUCAAUCAUGCAUCAGAGCUUAUUCAAGAGCACACUGAGGAUAUAGAUACCGAAGGUGCUUCUGAAAAUGCAUCUGAUAUGGGUGAAGAUUUGAAAGAAGUGUGCAUUUGUGAAGAGCGUGCGGAUGCGGAAGAUGCUGAUGGAUGCAGUGAAUUUGAUGAAAAUGCAUUGGACGAAGAAAUCACAAAGCACACAGGAGAACAUGUGGCUCCAGAUGAUAUGAUCUCGCCGAUUUCAUCCAAGCAAUCUGAUGAUCCUUGCCAAGUAACUCCAUUCACUCUCACAGAUGCAGAUUUUGCAGCAGCAAGGGAAGGCCAGGACAACUACAUCCCUGAAAUGGAGCAUGUCACCUCGCUGGAAACAGUCGUGGAAACGGGACUACCUAAAGUUGUGACUGAACCAGUAGUCAGCAGUGAGGCUGCCGUGCCAGAUGAUGAACAGUGCUGUCUACACCCAGAAACUAGUUUACAACAGGAUACUGUUCUUGGUAGCUGUGAACUUCUAGACCAAAAUGAGCAACUGCAACUGAACAGCUCAUCCAUGAUGUCUGCCACUCCAGAUCCAACUGUAAAGACAGGGGAAAUACAUGAAUUGCAUGAAGAACCGCCUAAUCCAUGCAACAGCAUCAGCACUGACAUUUUUGCAGAUCAAUUGGCUCCCGACUCUGCAGAUUUGCCGCUGCCCAGCAUUUCAAGUUUUGAUUGGAUGCUUAGUGGUUUAAUGAAGGAGUCAUUGAACGUGCUUCCUGCUCCAUCAAGUAAUAUAAAUCUACAAGAGAUUAGUUCUUCUGAAGAUACUGAAGAAGCACCACCACUUCCACCUCUUCCGCCGGUGCAGUGGCGAGCGACCAAGCUUCAGACAGGAUCCACAUCUUUAUUUGCAAAAUUGGGGAGACCACCAAGGCCAAAACCUCCAGUGAAACAGCUAGAAAAUGAAAAUAACUCUGCACCUGGCGAAACAAAUCAGGAAUCUGAAAAUGUUCAGGAAAUAAGCUGGAACAAUGGUUUUAGUUCGCAGAAGGAAAUGGCACAUGCAACAACACUUUGUAGUGAGACUCGGACAGAUCUGUUACCUGAGAGUGAUUAUCAAGAAAAUAAUGUCCAAGAAGGAUACAAAGAGUGUGAUGUGCAGUCUUCUAAUCUAUUUUGCUCAUCAGAAGUCAAGUGCAACACAGACGUUACUUCAGUACGCGACGACAUGCACACUUUGAAGCCGCCUGAGCUUAUAGUAAUUCCAGAGGAGGCUUGGUCUGAGCUCAUAGAUAUGAAACCGAUACUGAAGCAGGAGGAAGAGAGAAAACAACAGCUCAUAAAUGGAGUUUCUGAUUGCAGUAGCAUUCAUACUAGUGGUUUGCCAAUUGAAAAGACCACUGACCAAAAGGAGGAAUUGUCAGCAGCAGAUAGCAACACAACUAAAGAUUCAGAAGAAAACAAACCAAAUGGGCUUCCUUGCCAAGAUGAUAUUCAGAAUCCUGACUUCUCAGUGCAACAGGAAGAUAAAUCUAAUGACAUGGUUAGGGAGUUCUCUUCAGCAUUAGAAGAGGAACUAGCAAAGUUGCCUCCUCAUUCAGUGCCAGAACCACCUAGAUAUCCUCUGCUUCAAGUUAUUUCUCAUGAUAGAAGCAUGCUAAGAAAGGCUCCAACUUUGGUUCAGCCAUCAAGUAAGCUUUCAGAUGAGAAGAACACAGUGCUGGAUCAGAUAAAGAACAAGACUUUCAACUUGAAACCGGUUGUUGCAAAGAGACCGAAUGUGAUGGGUGGUCCAAGAACAAACUUGCAAGUGGCAGCCAUUCUUGAGAGGGCCAACGCGAUUCGCCAGGCGGUUGCUGAUGACGAUGACGAGGAUAGCUGGAGUGAGUAGCUUUCCUCAGAGCAAUUUGGCGGCUGAUGUUUCACAUGUUAUGCGCAGGUCUUGUGCUCGUGUUCUUGCAUGAAGAAAAUGGUAGAAUAUAUCAGUAGAGUCGAAUGCACCUUUUUCUUCAUCUCGAGAACACCAUGCCAAGACAGUUUGAUCUGUGCUAGCGUAUUUUGACGUUUUCGGGGCAUGCCAUAUGUUUCUUAUCUUUUUAUGUGCCUCCUGAAGUUUGAUUUUUGAUAAGGACUGUAUGUGUACGCCCAUAGACUACUGUGAUUGUUGUAACUUGAGUGUAUAUAGAAGAAGAAAAAGUGCACAUUCUGAAGCCAA